CGACCAAAAUCGUGCGACUAGAAAUUUUUUUUUUUUUUUUUUUUUUGAACACUCGAAAAAAUAAAAAAAAACUUAAAAAGACAAAACUACCCUAAAUAUAUUUACAGAAUCACAAUACAUUGCCAUUAACCCUAAUACAAACUCACGCCAAAAAAAAAAAACCAGAAACUUCUCUCUCUCUCCCCGAUCUAUUUCCUGCGGCCAUACUUCUCUUCUCUGCUCAAGCUCUCUUUCUCUCCGAUCUAUUUCCGACAGCCACAGAGAACCUUCUCUGCUCAAGGUUGGACAUAAAUCACAACAAGACAAGAUAAGAAGAAUGGCUGAUGAUGUAAGUGUUUUAGGCAGUUCUAGUUUCUUAGAUCUUUUGUGAUAGUUUUUUCUGCUAGUUUAGCUUGUUUUGUCUAUUGAUGAGACUUGUUAUUUAGAAAUGGACCGAUGAAGAAGUUAGGUAUUUCUUUGCUCUUUAUGCUGAUGAGAAAAAGAAAGGGAACAGACCAAGGAGUGGCAUGAAUCUAGCUGGAAGAGAGUUCAUCGUAAAUAAGUUUGAAGAGAAAUUUGGUAAGAGAUGGAUAUGGGACAGGUUUAAGAACAAGGUUGAUAUUAGUAGAAAAGCAUAUGUCAAGUUCAAGAAGCUUACCCACAAUAGAACCGGGCUUGUCUAUGAUGCUUUGGGAAGGUUGGAGAUGUCGGAUGCUUGGUGGGAUCAACGCAUUGCGAUGGUUGUUUUCCUGGACAGGGAGUUAUUAUAGCCGUGGCUUUCUAGGGAGUGAUGUGUGCUCAUCGCGUAGCUGCUCACAUUGGUGAGAGAAGCCGUCCUUUUAAGAUAUGGAGUAACUUGUUGAAUGGUAUGGGCAGAAGUAUCAAUCACGUUUUCAUCCUUUUAAUAUGUAUGGCUUCAGAGAAAAUCACAUGCACUUGAUGCUGUCCUUCGUUCACUUGGUUGGCUAAGAACGAACAGUAGCAUAUGGCCGUGUUCGUUUGCUGGUCGCUAGCGUCAGCGACCAAGUUCAACGACCAAACGCUGUUCGUUUACCGGUCGUGAGUUCAGCGACUGAUCUCAGCGACCAAACGCUAGCGAUCAGCGAUUUAAAAUUUUGGACGCUGGAAAUUUCAGCGGUGCGACCAAAAUCGUGCGACUAGAAAUUUUUUUUUUUUUUUUUUUUUUUGAACACUCGAAAAAAUAAAAAAAAACUUAAAAAGACAAAACUACCCUAAAUAUAUUUACAGAAUCACAAUACAUUGCCAUUAACCCUAAUACAAACUCACGCCAAAAAAAAAAAACCAGAAACUUCUCUCUCUCUCCCCGAUCUAUUUCCUGCGGCCAUACUUCUCUUCUCUGCUCAAGCUCUCUUUCUCUCCGAUCUAUUUCCGGCAGCCACAGAGAACCUUCUCUGCUCAAGGUUGGACAUAAAUCACAACAAGACAAGAUAAGAAGAAUGGCUGAUGAUGUAAGUGUUUUAGGCAGUUCUAGUUUCUUAGAUCUUUUGUGAUAGUUUUUUCUGCUAGUUUAGCUUGUUUGUCUAUUGAUGAGACUUGUUAUUUAGAAAUGGACCGAUGAAGAAGUUAGGUAUUUCUUUGCUCUUUAUGCUGAUGAGAAAAAGAAAGGGAACAGACCAAGGAGUGGCAUGAAUCUAGCUGGAAGAGAGUUCAUCGUAAAUAAGUUUGAAGAGAAAUUUGGUAAGAGAUGGAUAUGGGACAGGUUUAAGAACAAGGUUGAUAUUAGUAGAAAAGCAUAUGUCAAGUUCAAGAAGCUUACCCACAAUAGAACCGGGCUUGUCUAUGAUGCUUUGGGAAGGUUGGAGAUGUCGGAUGCUUGGUGGGAUCAACGCAUUGCGGAAUGGCAAGAUGGUUAGGUGGUACUUGGAUGAUGAUGAUGAGGAUGAUGAUUAUGAGGAAGAGCAUGAAGUUGAUGUGCUUAAGCCAGAGAGAUUGCUUCAUAGAACAGAUCGAGGUGCUGGAUGGAAUCAUGUUCAGCAGCUUAUGCACGGGUCAGAUCAACAGUGCUAUGAUAUUCUUCGCAUGAAUCAGAGGACAUUUCAAGAUCUGUGUAAGAUGUUAGCAACGAGAUAUGGGUUACAAGAGACGUUGAAUGUCUAUAUUGAAGAAGCGGUUGCAAUGUUCCUUGAAGUGGUGGGUCAAGAUAAGACAGUACGGGUUAUUGCACAAAGAUAUCAACGUUCGUUGGAUACAGUCAAAAGGAAACUUGGUGAGGUUUUGAGUUCUCUCUUGAAAUUUGCUGCAGAUACACUAAAACCAGAAGAUGGUGAGUUCACAAGAGUAUGUCCUGCUUUGAGAAAUGAUGAUCGAUACUGGCCAUUUUUUAAAGACUGUAUUGGAGCAUUGGAUGGAACUCAUAUCUCAGUCCGCCCUCCUAAACGAAAUGCAGAAGCAUACAGGGGCAGAAAACAGGAGCCAACCAUGAAUGUCCUUGCUAUAUGUAACUUUGAUAUGAAGUUCAUAUAUGCUUAUGUGGGUGUGCCGGGUAGAGCCCAUGACACAAAGGUAUUAACUUAUUGUGCGAGGAAUGAGCCUUUUUUUCCACAUCCGCCAAAUGGAAAGUAUUAUUUGGUUGAUGCUGGAUAUCCCACAAGAACAGGGUAUCUUGGUCCAUAUCGUAGAGUUCGGUAUCAUCUCGAUCAGUUCAACAGAGGAGGACCGCCAACGAACACUCGAGAGAUGUUCAACCGGAGACAUUCAAGCUUGCGAUCAGUGAUUAAGCGGACAUUUGGAGUGUGGAAAGCAAAAUGGAGAAUUCUUGACUGUAGGCAUCCAAAAUAUGGUUUGAUCAAAUGGAUAAAGCUAGUGACGGCAACGAUGGCUCUACACAACUUCAUACGUGAUUCACAUCGAGAAGAUAAUGAUUUUGUGCAUUGGCAGAGAAGAGAAGAAUAUCAUACUCAUGGUGAUAAUGAUGAAGAAGAAAGAGAUGAAGAGGAAGAUGAAGAAGAAGAAGAAGAUGGUGAUGGUCAUGGUGGACAUAUUCCAUAUGAGCCGACUGGUGAUAGAGCCAUGGAAGGUUUACGUGAUCAUAUUGGUAAUGAGUUGAGUAGAGGAUAUCGAUUACCUUAUUAGUUUAUUUGAUUUGAAUUUGUACUGAUUAUUAUUAUAAGUUACUCGUAUGAUCACUCAUAAACAAAAGUGAACUUGUACAAGGAAAAAUAUAAGAAAUUGAAACGAUUAAACAUAUUGCAUC